AAAACAGAAGGAAGUAAAUGAAGAACAAUCCCGGGGGCCAAUUUUUGUCUGUGGGUGCUCAAUGGUUCUUCUACUUCUGUCAACAAUUCACCCCUUCUUAACCAUUUCCCUCCUUCUUCUCCCACUCCUCCGCCUCCGAUUCCACACCCACAUCCCACCAAACCAAUCCCUCUGUCUCUCCGCGACUCUAUCCACUUUCUUGCUGCAAUUCUUGUUGUUCUGUUCCUUUCAUUUUCUCUCCAUCCAGCUCUCAAUACCCCUCAAUGGCCGAUUCUCUCACUCCUGGUGAUAUUAAGGAUCUUCCCACAGGAUUUAAAGGAAAUUUGCAGGUUAAAACUUCCCCUGUGGUUUGUUUUGGGGAAGUUUUGAUAGAUUUUGUGCCAACAGUGGGUGGAGUUUCACUUGCUGAAGCUCCUGCUUUCAAGAAGGCCCCUGGCGGCGCUCCUGCUAAUGUGGCUGUUGGCAUUUCUAGGCUUGGUGGCUCCUCAGCAUUCAUUGGCAAGGUAGGUGAUGAUGAGUUUGGAUAUAUGUUGGUAGACAUUUUGAAACAAAACAAUGUGGAUUGUUCUGGAGUUCGGUUUGACCCGAACGCAAGGACAGCUCUAGCAUUUGUUACACUUCGAGCAGAUGGCGAACGGGAAUUCUUGUUCUUUCGCCAUCCUAGCGCUGAUAUGCUUCUCACUGAACGUGAACUCGAGGUUAAAGUUAUUGAGCAGGCACAAAUCUUUCAUUAUGGAUCGAUUAGUUUGAUUGAUGAACCGAGCAAGUCAGCACAUCUAGCUGCACUAAAACUUGCAAAAAAAUCUGGUUGUAUUCUCUCUUAUGAUCCCAACUUGAGAUUGGCGUUGUGGCCUUCACCGGAAGCUGCUCGGGAUGGCAUAAUGAGCAUCUGGGAUCAAGCUGACGUUGUUAAGAUAAGUGAAGAUGAAAUUACUUUCUUGACUGGUGGAGACGAUCCUUAUGAUGAUAACGUGGUGUUGGAAAAGCUUUUUCGUCCGAAUUUCAAGCUUUUAAUCGUAACCGAAGGGUCGCAAGGCUGUAGAUAUUACACUCAAAAAUUCCGAGGCAGGGUAGCAGGUGUUAAAGCCAACCCCAUCGACACGACCGGAGCUGGCGAUGCGUUCGUGAGCGGGAUAUUGUUUUGCUUAGCUUCAGACCCGAGCCUUUUUCAGGACGAGCAACGGCUGCGAGACGCUCUACGCUUUGCGAAUGCCUGUGGCGCCAUCACGGUGAUGGAGAGAGGAGCGAUUCCAGCUCUACCGACGAAAGAAGCUGUCCUAGAAAUGUUGUCCAAUGCCAGCACUGUAUGAUAACAAGUGUUUUUAGGUGUGUUUGGUUUGUUUCAAUUAGGCUAAAUGUAAUUUGAGUUUCGUUUGUGGUUAGGUGAGUGAGAUUUGAGCUCAUUUUAUAGUGUUGCCCACAGCACACCUUGUCUUCUAAUAAAUGCUUUAUUCAUUCUCGUUUCUUUAACAGUGAUCUGAAGAGCAUUGGUUGUUGUUCAUUGUUUGGGUUGUUGUAAGUGUUAUAAAAUGUAUAUUCAUCAA